AUGCAAGGCGGAAACGAAAUGAGGCACGUCAGCGAUGCUGCCGCGGAUGAGAAAGAUCUUACACAGAUGGGUAUUACCAGUGGGCAAGCCCAUACAAAGAGCAAGAAAACACAAAGCGGGCAAUCGGUCGGGUACGAUGCGCCUGAAGACUAUGGCAACCUCGACGAAAUGGUGACGGACCCAAUUUCUCAUGGCGAGAGUAGAAGUCGUGACGGGAGGGGCGAGAGCGAGAGCCUGGAGGUUAUGCGAUCGCCUCAACGACCCUCCGAUGUCGAGAUGCAAGACACAAUAACGCCCGACGAGCAAGACGAGCCCGAAACCACAACCUCAAAACCCACCGCACAGGUCUCUAGAGUGGCUACGGAGGUGUAUACACUCUCAUACCUCGUCUUCUUUGCCAUCUUCGGCACGAUUGCCCGUCUGGGCCUGCAGGCUCUGACGCUCUACCCCGGCGCCCCAGUCUCCUUUGGCGUGCUGUGGGCCAACGAAUGGGGUAUGCCCAACUACCACAGAGAGAUCAUCAAAGCCCGGCGCCGCGGGGAGCAGGCAGACGACGGCGCCGCCUCCAGCGACCUCAAGACGAUACCGCUCUACAUUGGCCUCUCCACAGGCUUCUGCGGCUCCUUCACCUCCUUCUCCUCCUUCAUCCGCGACGUUUUUCUCGCCAUGGUCAACGAUCUUCCUCGCGCAGGUGGUGCGACCCCCGAACCGCGGACCGGAGGGCAGUCCUUCAUGGCGAUGAUGGCCAUCAUCAUCGCCACUGUCGCCCUAAGCCUCUCGGCCCUCAUCUUCGGUGCGCAUCUCGCCAUCGCGCUUGAAGGGAUUACCCCGUCGAUCCCCUACCUCCUCGGCCGGAAAGUCAUGGACCGCUGCGCCGUCCUCUUCGGUUGGGGCGCCUGGCUUGGCGCUGUCCUCCUCGCCAUUUGGCCGCCCCACGACGCCUGGCGAGGACGUGUCAUUUUCUCCAUAGUCUUUGCGCCGCUAGGCUGCCUUGCGCGCUUCUACGCCAGUUUGAUGCUUAACGCGCGGGUGCCGGCGUUUCCGAUGGGUACUUUCGCGGUAAACAUUGCAGGCGUUGCCGUGCUUGGUAUGUGUUGGGAUCUGGCGCACGCCGGGCUGGGCAGCGUCAUAGGAUGCCAGGUACUGCAAGGCGUCGAGGACGGGUUCUGCGGGUGCUUGACGACUGUCUCGACGUGGGUUGCAGAGUUGACUGCGCUGCGGCGGAGGCAUGCGUAUAUUUAUGGGCUUGGAAGUGUCGUAGUGGGCUUCGCGGUGAUGGUCAUCAUCAUGGGUGCUGAGAAGUGGACAGACGGGUUCGCGCCUCUGAUGUGUACUCAUUGA